GCGACACAGCAUCGCGAGCUGCCGCUACCCGCAAAGCCAGCGACUCCGCCGCAGCCUCAGCGGUUUGAAAAAAGCAAAGAUGCGGCGCGGUCCGUGCUGAGUAGAGCGCGACGCGCGAAUUCCGUGCUAAAAAACCUCGGGCGGCGGACGGCAUCAGGACUACAGCGUAAUUCACAAGAGUUGUCGUAGAUGGAUCUAGGGCCCUUUGACUCGCAUGGCUUCUUUAGCUCACUCGCCAUGAUCAUCGUGUCUGAGCUUGGCGACAAGACCUUUCUCGUUGCGGCACUCAUGGCCAUGAAACACGACCGGCUCGUCGUCUUUGGCGGAGCAUUCCUGGCGCUCCUCGUCAUGUCUGUGCUGAGCGGGCUCGUUGGCCACUCUAUGCCAGCCUUUUUGCCAGCCUACAUCACCAAGCUCGCGGCGUGUGGCCUCUUUCUUGUUUUCGGCGUCAAGCUGUGCUAUGAAGGCUACUACAUGGACAAGGAUGCGUCCGUCAAGGAGGAAAUGGCAGAGGUAGAGCACGAGAUUCAAGAUGUCACGCUGGAAGAUGGACAACCGCAGCCUGCACGCUACGAGGGAGUCGCCAACCUGGUAGGGCUCGUCUUUUCGCCAGUCUUUAUCCAAACAUUUACACUCACAUUUCUGGGCGAGUGGGGCGACCGUAGUCAGAUUGCUACGAUUGCCAUGGCUGCAGGCAGCGACUACUGGUGGGUCAUUCUGGGGACGAUUCUGGGGCACUCGCUGUGCACCUUGUUGGCGGUGGUGGGUGGUCGCAUGCUCGCGAGCCAGAUUUCAGUGCGCAGUGUGACAUUGGGCGGGGGCAUCUUGUUUCUCCUCUUUGGCCUGCUCUACCUUUACGAAGUCUUUGUAUGAUACGCUUGUUUUCCUCUAUAGCAGCUCUACAGCUCCUUGCCCUCGCGGCCCUUGUCCUCUCCAUCAUCAGCGCGCCCAUCACCCGCUUCAG